AUGAAGUCCUCAACGCUGGUUCUGCGCAGCCGGUUCGUGCCGGCUGGAGCGAGGCUGGGUGGGGUGUUGGGCCGGUUGCCCACCACCACGGCCGGUCGAUUUCCCUACACGCCUUCAUCCACCGGAAGAUUGCAUUCUACGUGCUCCGCCGAAUCGUCGUCACCCGCGUCGGGAUUGAUCGAUCCAGGGAGGAGGGUGCGGGUGCGCUACGCCCCCAGCCCCACGGGCCAGAUGCAUCUCGGCGGCCUGCGCACGGCCCUCUACAACUUCCUCUUUGCGCGGAAGCACGGCGGCGACUACGUGCUUCGGCUGGAGGACACCGACCAGUCGCGCAAGGUCGAGGGCGCGUCUGCCAACUUCGACCGCAUCCUGGAGUGGGCCGGCAUUCCCUACGACGAAGGUCCAUCGAAGGGCGGUAACUACGGGCCGUACGUGCAAUCCGAGCGGCUGCCACUCUAUCACAAACACGCCCACGACCUGAUCGAGAAAGGCGAGGCCUAUCGAUGCUUUUGCACGGAAGAACGCCUCGACCAACUCAAGCGCAGCUCCAACAUUCGAGGGAUUCCGCCUCUCUAUGACAGGUUCUGUCUGAACCUCACACCACAGGAGGUGCAACACAAGCUGAUGAGCGGCGUCCCCCACACGGUCCGAAUGAAGGUCCCGUCGGGCGUGACUUCCUUCACGGACAUCGUGCGCGGAGCCGUGAGCUUCAACAACGCCUUCGUCAACGAUCAGAUUUUGGUGAAGUCCGACGGCUUCCCGACUUACCACCUGGCCUCGGUUGUCGACGACCAUCUCAUGGAGAUCAGCCAUGUCAUCCGCGGCGAGGAAUGGUUGGCAUCUACGCCCAAGCACGUGAUGCUCUACAACCAGUUCGGGUGGGACGUGCCCCGAUUCGCGCAUCUGCCGCUGCUGCUCAACCCCGACAAGUCCAAGAUGUCCAAGCGACAAGGCGACGCCUCCGUGGACCACUACAUCGAGCGCGAGUAUCUGCCCGAGUCCGUGGUCAACUUUGUCGCGUUCAUCGGUUGGGCACCGGAGGACACGCAGGAGAUCUUCACCCUCGAGCAGCUCAUAGAAAAGUUUUCGCUGGAGCGAGUGCACAAGGGCGGGGCGAUCGUCAACAUCAACAAGCUCGACUGGUUCAACGGCCAGCAUCUGCGCGCCAAGUGCACCGACGACCGGGCGCAGAACUUCACCGAUUUCGUGGAGCCCAGCCGAUUCUUCUUCGAGGAGGCCGACCUCGCAUCGCCCGAGGCCCAGAAGGCCCGCUCCACGCUCUGGAAGCCCGGCCAGUCCGAGACGCUGGUGCGGGCGCUGCUCGAUCGGCUGGAGAAGGCGGACGUGCCCAUGGAGCACGACCCGCUGCUGGCCCUCGUGAAAGAGGUGUGCAAGGAGCACGGGGCCGGCAGCAAGGUGCUCUUCCAUGCGCUGCGGUACCUGCUCACCGGAGGCAAGGAGGGCCCGGGCGUGGUCGACACCAUGGCCACCCUCGGCCGUCCGCGCACCCUCCACCGGCUGCGUCAGGCCUUCAGCCCCGCCGCCCCACCAUCGUGA